UUGUCUAUCCACCCUGAACCAGAGUUUAAAGCUGUCUUUACAAACCUUGGUUCGACUGCAGCUGGUGGUCCAAGCUCAAUUGGCAGUCACUAUACAGGGCAAGAUCAUGACGGACAAGUUACUGUGUCCAGCGGUAUUCAAUUGUGGACUGUGCCAUACACUGGAGAAUAUAGAAUAGAAGCAAUAGGAGGUGCAGGGUGGUACGGUAAGAACAGUGUCGUCCAGAACGGAGGAAGAGGAGCCAAGUUGACCGGAAACUUUAUUUUGACCAAAGAUGAGAUCAUUCGUAUACUUGUUGGACAUAAAGGAAAGAGAGGGCCUGGCUCCCAAACAACUACAGGAGGCGGGGGAGGUACAUUUGUGGUGAGAGGAAGCAAUACGCCUUUAAUCAUAGCUGGAGGUGGUGGGGGGAUUAAAAACAUGUCAGAACAACAUUCAGGAUGUGAUGCAUCCAUAAGCACCACAGGGAAUGCAGGGUACUCCUCGUCAUUGGGGUCAGGAGGAACUGGUGGAAAUGGAGGAGGAUACGGAAAGGAAUUAUUUCUUGCAUCAAUAGAAGUCAUCGGAGGCGUUUGUAGUUGGAUACACCUAAUAAACAACGACGAGGAAGAACUCAUCUGUUAUGGAAAGACUGUUAGUGGUGGAGUACAAGGAGAAGGAGGUAAAGGAUAUCUUCAGGGAGGAGAGGGUGGAGCGUAUCUGGGUGGAUUUGGAGGUGGCGGUGGUUUUCGUGGAGGCGAUAACGGAGCUGGUGGCGGUGGUGGUUACUCCGGGGGAAAUGGAGGUGGGAAUAAAGCUUUUUUCUGUGGGGGAGGGGGAGGAUCUUUUAACAUUUGGACAAAUCAACUAAACGAAUGUUGUUAUAACUGCGAUGAACGCGAUAAAGUGAUUAUCACAUUUCUUCAGUGA